AUGGUGUCUAUCUUCUACACCAUCCUCACACCCAUGCUGAAUCCCCUCAUCUUCAACCUGCACAACAGAGAGGGAAACCAGACUUUCUACUUUGACUUCAUCUUCCUGGGAAUCUUCGAUCGCAGCCCCAACCACAACUUCCUCUUCACACUCUUCCUCACCAUCUUCACAGUGGCCUGUGUGGGGAACACAGCCAUGGUUUUGCUCAUCUACCUGGACACCCUGCUGCACACACCCAUGUACUUCCUCCUCAACCAGCUCUACAGCAUGGAUCUCAUGCUCAUCUGCACCACUGUGCCCAAGAUGGCCAUUAACUUUCUGUCUGACAGGAAGGCCAUCUCUUUGGCAGGCUGUGGGACCCUGAUCUUCUUCCAUGUGUCCCUACUUGGAGCUGAGUGUUUUGUGCUGGCUGUGAUGGCCUUUGACCACUAUGCUGGCAUUUGCCAUCCUCUGAGGUACCCAGUCCUCAUGAGCCAGAAGCCCUGUGUGCUCCUGACUGCUACUUGCUGGAUCUUGGGCUCUCUGAAUGGCAUCAUCAUGCUCACAGCUUUCCUGUCAUUCUCCUACUGCCUCUCCUGGGAAUAUCACUUUUUUUGUGAUGUGGCAGCCCUGCUACCUCUCUCAUGCACAGAUACAUCUACAUUCAAAAGGCUGCUGUUCAUCUGCUGUGUGGUGAUGCUCAUCUUCCCUGUCACAGUCAUUGUCACUUCCUACUCCUGUGUCCUUCAAGCCGUCAUCCACAUGGGCCCUGGGGAGAGUCGUCACAAAGCCUUUGCCACCUGCUCCUUGCACCUGUUAGUGGUUGGGCUCUACUAAGGAGCUAUGUUAAUGUACAUGAGACCAGCCUCCUUGCAUGCCCCCAAGCUGGACAAGAUUGUGUCAGCCUUCUAUGCCAUCCUCCUGCCCAUGAUGAACAUGCUCAUCUACAGCCUGAGGAACAGGGAGGUCUCCAUGGAGCUUAGGGAACCGCUGUCUGGCUUUGUCCUCUUCAUUGUCAUCGUCCCCAUCUUCCUAAUGGCCCUGGCUGGCAACUUGGCCAUGGUUCUGCUCAUCCUCCUGGAUGCCCACCUCCACACUCUCAUGUACACCCUGCUCAGUCAGCUCUUCCUAGUGGACCUCAUGUCCAUGGCCUUCAAUCAUUUCUUCUGUGAUGGCCCAGCCAUGCUGAUUCUGGUCUGCAUGAACACCAGGGCUGAUGAAUAUACCAUGUUCCUGGGUGUCAUCCUCUUUCUCCUGUUGCCCUUCACUGUCAUCAUGUUUUCCUGUGGGAAAGUUCUCCUUGCUGACUAUCACGUGCACUCUCGGGAAAGCAGGAAGAAGGCCUAUUCCACCUGCAGCAUCCACCUCAUCGUGGGGACUUUCUACUGUGCACCGUCUAUCUACACCCAAAGCCCCUCAGAUCCCAGCAGAGAACAAGGCCCUGACUAUCUUCUACACCAUUUUACACCAAUGUUCAAUCCUGUGAGCUACAGCCAGAGGAAGAAGGAGGUGAUGGGGGCCCUGGAACAAGUGACUCGGGGAAUCUGCUCUGUGAAAAUAUAG